AUGCGCUCCGUCUCUUUUCCCCUGCGGUUGUGUGUGUGCGGUGCGCAUGUGUCUUUCUUGCAGUGCGACGUGGAUGGCGUUGCUGCUGCGUGUGCAUUUAUGCGUGUGUUGUGCGGCGGACUUCUCUUUCUUUCCCACUGCACCGCCCUUGUGUGUGGGCGAUUGGGGGGAGCGGGGAGGUGCGAGGAACUGAGCGUGGGUGGCUGCCGACUACGCCCCGCGCAUUGGGGUCUUCCACACACACGUGGCUCCUCACGGCAGCCUCUUGCAGCACCAGGCCGUGGACUGAGAGGAUGGGAAGUGUGCUCCAACCAGAAGGACAACGAGAUGCGGUGCGUGACGGUGAGGCUGAUCCGCGGGUGUUUGCAGCGCAUGGGGCACGUGAGCCAAUACGUGUUGAGCGUUGUGCUCAUAAUUGGGGCAGAGUGGCGGCACGACAUUGUGGCGCUGUGUGUGUUGUGCGCGGCCGGAGCAUGGCGGCGAUUGUGA